CAAGAUUGGAUCUGAACUGUUUAUCAACAAAAAAAAAAAAGAUUGGAUCUGAACCGGAUCAAAACAAAAUUAAUCCUACAACACGACAGAAAAGAAUCGGAGAAGAAAAUUACAGCAUUGAAAUACCCGUUUCGUCAUCUUCUUCGUGUUUAAGGUCUCGAAUCGCAUGCCGUCUCCGGCACUCGAAGAACACCGUUAUCGUCACGUAGCUCCGUAACACCGCCGCCCCGUAUACACAUAUUAUUCCCAUUGUACCCGUAGAAACCAUCGACGAUAGAAACUCCGACGAUGAAAUCGGACCCUCCAACAAAACCUCCAUCUUCCCCCGGAUCAAACCCGACACCUACACGAGCAAGCCCGAUAACACCCAUCCGCAGAACCUCCUCCCCGCCAUCAAACCUGACCCGACCUUAAUCGCCUCCCAACCGAACCUCUCCUCCCCGAUCGACGCCACCAGACCUGAGCUCAGGACCGCCAUCAGGUACACCUCUACACCCGACCCGAUUGGCAGAACUAUAAAUCUCAGCUCCGACCACGGCGCUAGCGAGGCGAAUAUCCGUUGAAGCGGAGCGAAUGCGAGCAGGAUUGCGUAGAUAAAGAUCAUCGUGACCGACGGACGCUUCCAAUUCUGUUUGACGGUCGCGGUGGUGGAUUGCAGAGUGGGAACUUUGCCAUUAUAAGAGAGGGAGGUGGCGUGCACAGAGGGUACGGUUUCUAGUGGCGUCCCGGGCAACCGUAGCGGUGAGGAUGAUGAUGGAGAGUGUAGGAAGAGGGUUGUGUGAAGUGGAAGAGAAGAAGAAACCAAGAAGCAAGAAAGAGAGAAAGCAGAAGAGCGUACUUUAUUUCAGGAGUGAUUGAUCAACUGAAAGUCUGAAACUGGUGUGAUGGCUUUUUAGAACGGCAAGGAGAAGAAGAAGAAAAAGAACAAGAGAAAAGGAGAGGGGAGAAGGAAUAUCAAUAUAAUUAUCAGUUUAUCACCGGAUCAUUUCGGGUCUUCUACGUGUUUCUUCGCGGAACACCCUCUUGCUUCAAUCUCAGCCUCCUCUCUUACGGUCAAAAUCUCAACAUUUACGUGGCAAUCUGUCUGCUCAACCAGGCCUAUUCAGCGCCAUGUCAUCUCAUAUUAACAUAAACUAUUGUUUAACUGUGUAAAUUACAAGGACUCCACAAAAAAGAAAAACUUACAAUGGCUUAAUUCAAAAUUUAGUCAAAUUAUAAAAAUUUAAUAAAAUUAUAAGGACUAACAAAUUAAUUUUUUUAAAUUAAAUAUUUGAUAUAAAUAGUAGGGAAAGCGAAUGCCAUAAUUCCCGCCUUUUUCAUUACCUCUCCGGAAACCGAACAGAAAAUGCCAGAAAGCACUGGUGUGAAGGAUGAUGAAUCGCUGAAGCUGGCCAUUGCCAUCUCCCUUCUCAGAUCAAAGGCUCAACAAAAGAGGAAGGAGCCAAAUACGCUUGCUCCUUCACCAUCUGAUGCACUCCGCUGGAAGCAUAAGGCGAAGGAAAGAAAACAAGAGCUUUUGAGGCUCAGAGAAGAUCUAAAGGAAGCGCAAGAUGCUUCGCAGUGUGAACUGUUCCCCGAAAGUGCGUCUUGCAAGUGUUACUUCUUUGACAAUUUGGGGGAAUCAAGUGGUAAGAAAGUUGCUAAUAGCUCUGUGAGCAGAUUCAACGACGUCCUUCGCCGUAGAUUUCUCAGACAAGUGCGCUUCAAGGAAAGACGUAGAAGAGUAGGUUCUUCAAGUCAGCGACGACGAACAUUUGGUUCAACAGUGGAGGAUGAAACGGAGCAGCUUAGGUCAUCCGUUGAUUUUCUUGUGGAGCUCUGCGAGACCGUUUCACCUGUGGAGUCCAAGUUUGCGAACCUGGCACAUCAAGCCGUCGACUUCAUCUUGGCUUCACUUAAGAACCUUCUGUCAAUGAGAAUGAAUCUGGAGCUUGUUGAAGGAAUCAUCAACAACUUAGUUACGCGUUUAGUGAGGCAGAUGUGUGCUCCCUUGCAACUAGAAGGGUCCCAAAAAACUGGCUCUGAUGCACAAAUUUAUAUCCAGCAUUUAAUUCGAAAACUAGGAACUGAGCCGUACGUUGGUCAGCGGGCAAUAUUUUCGGUAUCUCAAAGAAUUUCUGUGCUAGCAGAACGUUUUCUUUUCUCUGAUCCUUAUGAUGACGGCUUUCCUGAUAUGCAUCAAUGCAUGUUCAUAAUGAUCCAGCUUAUUGAGUUUUUGGUGUCAGAUUACUUUGUAGAGUGGUCAAAAGCUGAAGAUCUAGACAAUGCUCUCCUUGAAGAUUGGGUGACGUCAAUUCUCCAUGCAAGAAAAGCUCUAGAACUCCUGGAAAGCAGAAACGGGCUGUAUGUUCUCUGCAUGGACCGAGUCACAGGUGAAUUGGCAAAACAAGUGGGUCAGGUCUCAUAUCUGCAGAACUUAAAACCAGAUAUCUUCAAUGCCCUGCUCGGUUAAAUAUGCAACUUGCUGGAUCUUUUUUCUCUCCUGUUCAUGUGGGUAUCAUCUUGAUGCAAGGCUUUCCUAUGGAUAAAUAGCAUGAUGCAUGAACCCUUGGUGAUGUGCAUAGUCCACUGACAUGAUCAAUGUAAGAAUCAGAUUCUAUUAGGGAUAACACUUGUUUGGAUAACUGUUGAUUUAUUUAGUUUUUUUUUAUUGCACAAUGUACUGAUAAAUUCCGUAGAACUUUCUCUUAAUCGAUCCCUCUGGAGAGGAAGAUGCUCCUACUCUUUUUUUUA